AUGCCCGAGGGUCCCGCGGACGACCUGAACAAGUGGUCGCGCAAGAUCACGCAGCCGAAGUCGCAGGGCGCGUCGCAGGCGCGUCGACAGUUAGCGCGCCCUCCCGCGAUGCUCUACGCGACCGGGAUGGAACCCGAGGACAUGAACAAACCCCAGGUUGGGAUCUCGUCCGUGUGGUGGGAGGGGAACCCGUGCAACAAGCACCUCAUGGACCUCGCGGCGCGCGUCAAAGAGGGCGUCGCCGCGGAGGACAUGGUCGGAUUCAGAUUCAACACCAUCGGCGUCUCAGACGGCAUCUCCAUGGGCACGCCCGGCAUGAGCUUCUCUCUGCAAUCCCGCGACAUCAUCGCGGACAGCAUCGAGACCGUCAUGGGCGGGCAGUGGUACGACGCGAACGUCUCCCUCCCGGGCUGCGACAAGAACAUGCCCGGGUGCAUCAUCGCGAUGGGGCGUCUCAAUCGCCCGGGUCUCAUGGUCUACGGCGGAACGAUCAAGCCCGGGUACUCCUCGAGCGGCGAGCCGCUGGACAUCGUCUCCGCGUUCCAAUCAUACGGGCAGUUCGUCACCGGCGCGAUCGAAGAGGAGGAGCGCGCGGACAUCGUGCGGAACUCGUGCCCGGGCGCGGGCGCGUGCGGCGGCAUGUACACCGCCAACACGAUGGCGUCCGCGAUCGAGGCGCUGGGCAUGUCGCUUCCGUACUCGUCGUCCAUCCCCGCGGAGGAUCCGCUGAAGAUGGACGAGUGCUUCAUGGCGGGCAAGGCGAUCAAGCACAUGCUCGAGAUCGAUCUGAAACCGCGGGAUAUCAUGACCAGGGCGGCGUUUGAGAAUGCCAUGACGGUCGUCAUCGCGCUCGGCGGGUCCACCAACGCGGUGUUGCACCUCAUCGCGAUGGCGCACUCGGUCGGGAUCGAGCUCACGCUGGACGAUUUCCAGGCGGUGUCGGAUAAGACGCCGUUCAUCGCGGAUUUGAAACCGUCGGGGAAGUACGUCAUGGAGGACGUGCACAAGAUCGGCGGCACCCCCGGCGUGCUCAAGUACCUCAUGAAAGAAGGCUUCAUCGACGGCAGCUGCAUGACGUGCACGGGGAAGACGCUCGCGGAGAAUCUCGAAUCGUGCCCGGACCUCAGCGAAGGCCAGCAAGUCAUCAUGCCGAUCGAUAAACCGAUCAAAGAAACGGGCCACCUCCAGACGUUAUACGGUAACAUCGCCCCCGACGGCUCCGUGGCGAAGAUCACCGGCAAAGAAGGCCUCUACUUCAAAGGCUUCGCGAAGGUGUACGACUCCGAAGAAGAGAUGCUCGACGCGCUCGCCGAGGACGCGGACUCGUUCAAAGGCUCCGUGAUCGUGAUUCGAUACGAAGGCCCGAAAGGCGGACCCGGGAUGCCCGAGAUGUUGACCCCGACGUCCGCGAUCAUGGGCGCCGGCCUCGGGCAAGACUGCGCGCUCAUCACCGACGGCCGCUUCAGCGGCGGCUCUCACGGGUUCGUCAUCGGCCACGUCUGCCCGGAGGCGCAAACCGGCGGCCCGAUCGGCUUGAUCGAGGACGGCGACAUCAUCGAGAUCGACGCGGAGAAGCGGACGAUGAACGCGCUCGACAUCGACGACGCGGAGUGGGAGGCGCGGAAGAAGAAGUGGACGGGAAAGCCGCUCGAGGCGACGAGAGGGACGCUGUACAAGUACAUCAAGUGCGUCGGCACCGCGUCGCAGGGGUGCAUCACGGAUCUGUGA